UGAACCAACUUUGUUGGGACGGAAAUUGUCAAUUAUCGGUGAUGAAUUAGAUCAGGAAUUAAUGAAUAUUAAGAUGGUUAAUAUGGAAUCUUGUUUACAACAAAGAGUUAUUAAUGAAUUUUCUGUUAUCUUGAUAAAUCAAUCGUAUGAACAAGAG